AUGUCGUCGCUCACCUUCUACCCGCCCUCGCCCAAGGAGGCGCUGGCCGAGGCCUUCGUGGGCAAGUCGCUCCGGGAGGUGCCGACGCCCGCGGCGGUGCUCAACGUCGCUGCGGCGAGGCGCAACUGCGCGCGGAUGCUGGAGGCGGUUGGGAGGUUGGGGUUGGGGUGGAGGGCGCAUGUGAAGACGCACAAGGUCGCGGCGGAGCCGGUGGAGCUGCUUGGCGAGCGACGAGAGGUGCUGCGGGCGGGCGAAGGGCGGGUACAGCUAGAACUACACGCGGUCGCCGAAGUGCGGGCUGCGGAAGACGUCCAGGCGGCGCCGCUGGUCGACGCGGCCCAGCAGCUCAUCUUGACUCUACGACGGGAGCGGCUCCCGGAACCCCGGGUGGCGGCGGUGAGGAUGCUCAAGGCCGAGGUCGAGGCCAUGCUCAGCGGCGCGGAGAGGCUGGUGGCCGAGGCCAAGGACAAGGGGGUGAAGCUGCCGACGCUGGUGGUCUCCGCGGGCGCGUCGCCCACGGCGCUGGCGGUGCAGAACCUGGUCGCCGGAGGAGGAGGAGGAGAGGCGGCGGCUGCGGAGGAGGAGGAGGAGGCCGGACCGCCGGAGCUCCAGCAGGCGGCCAAGGAGCUGGCGGAGCUGUUCGGCGCGGUCAAGGACAAGGGCCACGCGGUGGAGAUCCACGCGGGCGUGUACCCGACGCUGGACCUGCAGCAGCUGGCGGCGCACAGCGCGGCGGCGUCGCGGCUGUCGUGGCGCGACAUUGCGCUGACGGUGGUGGCGGAGGUGCACGGGGUGUAUCCCGGCCGGGGGGCCAACGGCACGGACGAGGCGCUGAUCGGGGCGGGCGGGCUGGCGCUGGGCCGGGAGUUUUGCAAGGCGUACGACGGGAUGGCGGUGGCGACGCCGUGGGGGAGGAGGGGCGCCGGGGCGAAGAUGCCCGAGGGCGACGUGGAGGACUUUGAGGGCUGGACGGUGGGGAGGUUUGCGCAGGAGCACGGGAUCCUGACGUGGGCGGGGGGCAAGAGGAGGACUGCUGCGCUGGGGCUGGGGCCUCAGGGGGAUAGGCUCGAGGCCGGGCAGAGGGUGAGGCUGUGGCCGAACCAUGCGUGCAUUACGAGCAGUCACUUUGGGUGGUAUUUCGUGGUGGAUGAGGAUUUGGAGGGCAGGGAGGAUGAGGUUGUUGAUGUUUGGGUCAAGGCUAGGGGGUGGUGA